AUGGACUACUCCUACCUCAAUUCGUACGACUCGUGCGUGGCGGCCAUGGAGGCGUCCGCCUACGGCGACUUCGGCGCCUGCAGCCAACCGGGCGGCUUCCAGUACAGCCCCUUGCGGCCUGCCUUCCCCGCCGCCGGGCCGCCUUGCCCCGCGCUCGGCUCCUCCAACUGUGCGCUCGGCGCCCUACGCGACCACCAGCCCGCGCCCUACUCGGCAGUGCCCUACAAGUUCUUCCCGGAGCCGUCGGGCCUGCACGAGAAGCGCAAGCAGCGGCGCAUCCGCACCACGUUCACGAGCGCGCAGCUCAAGGAGUUGGAGCGCGUGUUCGCCGAGACCCACUACCCCGACAUUUACACCCGCGAGGAGCUGGCCCUGAAGAUCGACCUCACCGAGGCUCGCGUCCAGGUCUGGUUCCAGAACCGCCGGGCCAAGUUCCGCAAACAGGAGCGCGCGGCCAGCGCCAAAGGCGCGGCGGGUGCGACGGGAGCCAAGAAGGGCGAGGCUCGCUGCUCGUCCGAGGACGACGACUCCAAGGAGUCCACGUGCAGCCCCACGCCCGACAGCACCGCGUCGCUGCCGCCGCCGCCGCCCGCGCCCAGCCUGGCCAGUCCGCGCCUGAGCCCCAGCCCGCUGCCCGGCGCGUUGGGUUCGGGGCCCGGGCCCGGGCCGCAGCCGCUCAAGGGCGCGCUGUGGGCCGGCGUGGCGGGAGGCGGGGGCGGCGGGCCCGGCGCUGGCGCGGCGGAGCUACUGAAGGCCUGGCAGCCGGCGGAGCCCGGGCCGGGGCCCUUCUCCGGAGUUCUGUCCUCCUUUCAUCGGAAGCCCGGCCCCGCCCUGAAGACGAACCUCUUCUAG